CCUGGACAUGGCUGGAAUCCAAAAUGGCCGCCAUGCAUGCCAAACUUUCACGAUCACGACAUGAACUUAACGUUUUUGUCACUCUUUGGUGGUAAAUUGGAAUGACACCGACUUCUAAGCCCAGGUAAAACAUUCUUUUAAGUCAUCAAGCGUGAAAGGGUCUAAUCUGAAGCGUCGAUUGGCUUGGAAGCGACCAUAUAGGUUUACCGAUUCGUAACCGAAACUAUCUGGCAAUAUACUUCCGGGUCUAACGAGUUGACAGAAAUUAUAGUUCUACACACAACAACAUGGACGUCAGUGCGCUAGAACUAGACGCGGUCAGCUUUGCCAGCAUCGCCGUCCGACUCGACCAGGAGGGCAAUCAAGACGAGGCCAUCUUUUACUACCUGGAGGCAGCUGAAGCACUGCGUAAUGCCGGUCAGGCGGGAUCCAAGAUGGCGGUGGUGGAGAAGGCCAUGGAGUACCUGGACAGGGUGGAACAACUCAAACAGAUCCGCACAGGGGGCGGAACCUUCCAGAUGAAAACACAACAACAGAUUGACCUUGAGAGGGCACGGUUCCUGAUCGAGCAGGCGUUUGAAGAGGACGAGAACGACAAUAAGGAGGAGGCGGCAGAGUUGUACAUGGAGGCGGUGGAGCUGUGUCUCAAGGCUAGAAAAGAGACAACAGAUGGAGAACUACAAGCCAAGCUGGGGAAAUUGGCCACAGAUGCAAUAGAAAGAGCUGAACAACUCAAGAAAAAACAAGCCACUACCCAGAGAGGAGCAUCUCCACAGAGGCCCGCUACAAACAGAGCCGUCCCUCCCCUUGGGAUUGCAGGUCUCAACCUGAGUGAUGACACGCCAGCCAACAGAGGUUCAGGGGGUGGCGGCGGUGGAAAGAAGAGUCCCACUGGAGGCGGAGGGAAGUAUACGGCAGAAGAAAUCAAAGUUCUUAGGCACACGUCCAACAUCAAUGGUAGAAGCUACGUUCCCUUUAUGUCUGUGGAUCUGAAGGAGAGGUUUGCGUUCCCUGUGCCCUUCAGUGACAAGCACGGGAAGCUGGCGCUCUCUCCGAAGCAGAAGACUCGAUUCGCUCGAUGGGUCAGACCAGAUGAGUUUUGUAGCAGUCCUCAGAUGAUCAUGGCCAUCUCCAGUUUUAGCAUUAAACAGACGGUUGUGUCUGACUGUUCCUUUGUUGCAUCAUUGGGUAUCAGUGCUGCAUACGAGAGAAGAUUCAAGAAGAAACUGAUCACAAGCAUCAUCUAUCCACAGAACAAGCGAGGAGAGCCACAGUACAACCCUUGUGGGAAGUACAUGGUCAAACUCAACAUCAAUGGUGUGCAUAGAAAAGUGAUAAUAGAUGACUUCCUGCCAAUGGACCAGUACGGAGAACUGCUGUGUUCCUUCUCCAACAACAGGAAUGAACUCUGGGUCUCCCUCCUGGAGAAGGCCUACAUGAAGGUUAUGGGAGGCUACGACUUUCCAGGCUCAAAUUCGAACAUUGACCUCCACGCGCUGACCGGCUGGAUCCCGGAGAGGGUGCCGAUCAGGGAGGGCUCCGACGACUUCAACAAGAAUGGAGUCUUCAACAUGAUGAAGUCUCGCUUCCACAAGGGCGAGUGCCUCAUAACCGUGGCAACAGGUGAGAUCAGUAAGGCAGAUGAGGACAGAACAGGACUGGUGUGUACUCAUGCCUACGCACUGUUGGACAUCAGGGAACACAAGGGUCUUAAGAUGAUCCAGCUGAAGAACCCUUGGAGCCACCUGAGGUGGAAGGGACGGUACUCGGAGCAGGACAGCGACAGGUGGACACCUGAGCUGCAGAAGGCCUUUAACUACGACGUCAAGACUGCACAGUCGUAUGACAAUGGUGUGUUCUGGAUUGACUAUGACUCCCUGUGUCACUUCUUUGAUGUCAUCUACAUCAACUGGAACCCUGAAAUGUUCAGGUUCACCACAUGCAUGCACGAUGUGUGGCUGGCCAAAGAAGGUCCCAAGAAGGACCUGUACUCCCUGGGUGAUAACCCUCAGUACAGACUGGAGGUUAAAGGGCCCAAGGGUGGUGCAGCUGUGUGGGUCCUACUGACCAGACACAUCACAGACAAGGAUGACUUUGCUGUGAACAAAGAGUACAUCACUAACUUGGUGUACAAGACUGGUGGGAGGAAAGUCUUCUAUCCAAAUGACCCCAGGCCAUACAUUGAUGGAGUGAGAAUCAACAGUCCACAUUAUCUAUGCAAGAUCUCUGUCAAGGAUCCCGGCACCUCCCUCUACACACUGGUCAUUUCACAAUACGAGAAGAGCAAUAAUAUCUACUACACACUGAGGAUAUACUCCACCUGUGAAUUCAACCUCACCAAAGUGCCAGAGCCAUACAAACAUGAGAAAACUGUGAGUGGACAGUGGAAGGGGUCCAGUGCUGGAGGGUGUGGGAACAACCCAGCCACCUACCCUAACAACCCGGUCUUCCAGUUUACCCUCCAGAACAGUGCCAACAACAACCACGUACUACUGGAGCUGAAAGGACCCAAGCAGUACAGUGUAGGGUUUGAUGUGAAGACAGUCACACUGACAGGAGAUGCAGAGUCACCGGGCGCCUUCCAGAGAGCCGCUUCAGGUGACUUCAGACAUGGGUACUGUGUGCUGGAACUGGAGAAUGUCCCCGGCGGCACCUACAACCUCACCCCCUGUACCUUCCGUGCUGGACAGGAGGGCCCAUUUCUCCUCACCGUGUCUUCAUCAUGUCCCUUCACAGUCGCACAGAUCAAAUAA